AUGAGUAAGGUGCGCGUUGUAGACGGCAGGGGCGCGGUUGGCGACGUCGAGUGCGCCGUGACGCAUAACCUCGAAAUCGCCCUGCGCUAUCUCCGCUAUGCUGCAAACCUGCACACAAUCUGGGUCGACUCCAUCUGCAUCGACCAUUCUAACAACAAAGAAAAGGGGCUCCAGAUCAAUUUGAUGGGCGAGAUUUACCGACUGGCCGCACGGGUCAUCGUCUGGCUGGGGCCCGAAGAAAACAAGAGCGGUCGUGCCAUAGACAUGCUUGAGGAUAUGGGCUCGCAGGUCGACUUCCAUCCAGGAGCUUUCAGCAUCACGCCCUCUAGCCAGGCCCGCGACCGUCGCUGGGGCGAUAUGGCACUGGAUCUACCGUAUAACGAGGAGGAUCUCACCUGCCUAUACCACCUGCUUUGCCGGGCUUGGUUCGAAGGACUCUGGGUCCGGCAGGAGAUUCUCCUUGCCAAUUCCACUGCCAUUGCUGUCUGCGGAUUUCGAGAUGUGUCCUGGUGUGGACCGGAUGUCACGUGA